AUGCUGAUGGUCGAUACCUGCGCUAGUGGUGAGGAGAAGCCGGUUUGCGUCAAUUGCCAGAGACAGGGCGACACAUGCGACUACAGCAUCAGGCUGAACUGGGAGGGGCGCGGGAAGAAGAAAUCGGUAAAUCCGUCAUCGACGGGAACGACUGUAGCCAAAUCAGUUGCAACAGCAUCAGGAGGAGGAGGAGGAGGAGGAGGAGGAGGAGGAGAAGUGGCCAUGCAGGCAUCCGCUUCCUCUCCGUCGAGACGACCAACAGCCGAGGGUGUGCAGCCUAAUCGACUUGUCAACGACAAGCUCUGGGGGGACGGUGUCCGUCAUGCCUCGCCGACAGAGAACGGUAAAAGUAAUCACAGUCUGAUGCCUGCAUUCUCUGCACAUCAUCGUCGUCAUCAUCAUCUUCCUCCAAGGACUACAACAACAUAUCCUCAGUCGGCUUCGAAUUAUACGACCGCGAACAGUUAUCCAUCGCCUGCGUCCGUUGUUUUCCCGAGAGACGACUCGUCAACACUCCCCCAGGUCCAACUUUCUCCGUAUCCUUCACCCUCUGACUCCGCAGUUGCCAGCCCAGGGAUCUCCCCGUUUCAGCCGACGAGCACUUCUCCGCCAUUUACAUUCUUGCAGACCACGCUCAGCUCUCCUCCAGUUUAUCCCAGGCGGGCCCUGACCGGAGAAUCUCAUCGCGACGCCAAAAGGAUUAAGAUAUCACCACAGGGUUUUCAGGAUCUAGAUGUGAUGAGCCCGGGAUCUUACUCUCAGCCAGGAUCUGGCCCACGCGAUUCAAGCAAUACGCCUGGAGGAACCCUCUUUUCAUCCACCGAUUCCUCUGAUACGACUUCUGAAGAAGCUUAUCCCCCCCACCAGCAGGUACUUGGUCACCAGGAUGCGAGUGCGCGCCCUGAACUCCAGCGGGUGUCCGUACAGUCAUUACUGUCACAUUCUAUUGCCGAUGGGGCCUUGCCGCCAUCUGCUGAUAUUUGUCCCACCACCCGGGAGAACUCCGCUUCUGUCAUCGUGACUGGAUCGAGCGAAACAGCGGUUAGCUUUGGAUUCGACUGUGGCCGCGUCGACCUUGACAUCAAUAGAAACGACGAUUCAGCGGCAAUCGAGUACAAGAUUGCCACGCUGCAGCUGGCCUGCCCCGUCACUAGUCCUACCAUGACGUCGAGUUCGACCGACUCUGAGCGGGAUACCAAGAAGAGAGUGACUGCUCUAUUUACAAAGGGAGGAUACUAUGCUAGACCGGUACCCAUUAAUAUCCCACGAUAUCUAAUACCCUUGCCGGCCGCAUUGCAAGAGAGCCCCAUCAAUCUAUUGUACUUUUACCAUUUUCUAAACCACACCUCGAAGAUAUUGGUGCCCCACGAUUGCUCCAAUAAUCCAUUCUCUAACGUAUUACCAGCGAAUACAGUGGCCGUACAAGAUACAAACCUUCUGAACCUCUUACUCGCGUACUCCGCCAGCCAUCGCGCACGGCUGCUCGGUCACGCGGAGCCGUAUAACCGCAUUGCACACUGGACCCGCCAUGUCUUCCCCAAACUUCGCCAUGCGUUGGAUGACCCAAACGAAAAGAUCUCCGACACCAACCUUGCAACCGCCAUCAUGCUAGCAUCUCUCAAGAUCAUCAGCCCCAGCACAUUCGAGGUCCCAAUUCCAUGGGAAAGCCACUUAAAAUUGGCCCGCGGGCUGUUCCUGGCUAGGAGGCAGAUGCAGGUAAAGUAUUCGUCAGACCAGGUGGAGUUCUUUCUGUGUCGCUGGCUCGGAUACCUGGAUAUCCUGGGUAGCUUGUCGUCACGGCAAACCGAACCUCCCCUGCUCGGUGGCAACUAUUGGUCCACCGUCGCUCUUGACGAGCCCCGGAACCCCGGAAGUGAUCUCGAGAUCGAUUGCUUCACGGGAUUCACCCUCGAAUGCCGCUCGUUCUUCGUCCGUCUUGCGGAACUGAUCCACGAGUGCGAUGUCUGCCAAGUUGACCCCGUCACAGGUCGUCCCAUCUCGGCCUGGACGCCUCCUCCGCUCAUCCUCACGCGCGCCGAGAGACUGUUGUUCGACAUGACAUCGUCUCGCUCGCGCAACUACCAUCACCGCACGCACCAUGGCCUUCCUGAGCUUGGUGAUAUGGCGGCGCUGGACGACUCGUACCGCCUUACAGGCAUCGUGCAGUUGUACAGACGAGUGUUCUGCCUGAGUGCCUCCGACACCAAAGUCGUGGAGUCGAUAAACAUGCUGAUCGACUCGUUAGAUCGCGUUUCGCGCGGUGGAGCCACCGAAGUGUGUGCUUUGCUACCGCUCUUCACCGCAGGAUGCGAGACGCGGGAUACGACCCAGAGGCAGGCGAUUCGUGCGAGAUUCAAAGGGUUCGAGGGAGUGGGGAUGAAACAGUCCCGUUGA